UUUGGUAUGUACUUAAGAACAACAGGGACACAUAAAGCAGAUGAGAAAAGAUUGGUCUAAAGGUGUGGGAGCAUGGCCGCAGCCCCAGCAUACGAAGAAGACCUCCCUGCAGCACCGAGCUGGCUGAACAAAGGUGACAACGCGUGGCAGCUAACAGCAGCAACUCUGGUGGGUCUUCAAAGCAUGCCAGGCCUAGUCAUUCUCUACGCAAGCAUGCCAGCUCCACCAAACAAUGUGCUGCUGAUGCUAACGGGUGGUGGGUUGCUGUGGAUGGGAUGGUCAGGGUUCAAUGGUGGAGCACCUUAUGCAGCCAACGUUGACGCCUCCAUUGCUGUGCUCAACACUAACAUUUGUGCAGCCACUAGCCUCCUUGUUUGGACCUCUCUCGAUGUCAUCUUUUUCUCCAAACCAUCUGUCAUUGGAGCUGUUCAGGGCAUGAUUACUGGACUCGUUUGCAUCACCCCAGGAGCAGGGCUUGUGCAAUCUUGGGCAGCUAUAGUGAUGGGAAUACUUUCAGGAAGCAUUCCAUGGAUGACUAUGAUGAUCCUCCACAAAAAGUCAAGCUUUCUGCAGAAGGUAGAUGAUGCCCUAGGAGUAUUUCACACACAUGCAGUUGCGGGCUUAUUGGGUGGCCUGCUCACAGGUCUCUUAGCAGAACCUGAGCUUUGUAGGCUCAUAUUGCCAGUGAGCAACUCAAGGGGUGCCUUCUAUGGUGGCAGUGGUGGUGUCCAGUUUUUGAAGCAAUUGGUGGCAGCAUGUUUCAUCACAGCAUGGAACUUGGUCUCCACCACACUCAUUCUUCUAGCCAUACAGUUUUUCAUACCCUUGAGGAUGCCGGACGAUCAGCUCGAGAUCGGCGACGACGCCAUCCACGGCGAAGAAGCCUAUGCCCUAUGGGGUGAUGGUGAAAAAUAUGAUCCAACCAGGCAUGACUCCUCUAGAGUUGAUAAAACUUCACCAUCUCCCUAUGUUAAUGGAGCAAGGGGUUUGACCAUAGACUUAUGAGUCAUGUAUAGUAAAGUGUAAAAUUAUCUCCGUAGUUUCAGAAUUACCAGCAUUAGCGCACUACGAUUGGUGUACUACGUCUAAGUAUGUAGGAUUUUAUCCUUUACAUUCUUUUUUUAUCUUUAUCUCUUUCACAUAAUGUGGAGAUGGUUGUAAUAAUCAAUAUAUUACAAAUGAAUAUAA